AUGCCCACCAUGGACUACCUGGUCCGGUUUGCUCAGAUGCAUGAGACCUUCCGACGGCCAGAAAUACAUGCCUGUGCCACACUUGCAGGCGUCGACAUCGAGAUUCUCAGUUACUAUGAAUUUUCACCAUACUGCGUCGUGAGACUGCCAAAUGAAGAAGCAAUGCGCGCCAUUGCCAAGCGCAGCAUUCUGAUCAAAGAUGUCUUCGAGCUCUGGGGCCAAGGUACCAACUACGAAGAAUUACAUGCAGACGUCAAGCAACGGAGCCAGCACCGUUGGAAAGACUUCGAGCACUCUGAAUUCGCAUUCAAACUCGAGUACUUCGGAGGGAAACGCAGCUCAAGCUUCACUUCAAAGAGAGAAAUUUUGACUUCAUUCACAUACAUCGGGUUCAAGGGCCCGGUCAAUCUAAAGAACGCUGAUCAGCAAUUCUUUGUGAUGGAGGAGUACAUUGACGACGUUGAGCAGUUUGUAUUGAAAGUUGAACCGGUUGAACUGCCACGGAAUAUUUUCCUUGCACGCAAACUCUGCGACAGUGGGCGCGAUACUAUCCUCAAGUACGAUCUCAAGAAACGCGACUACAUCAGCACGACCUCCAUGGACGCGGAACUGAGUCUGGUAACGGCCAACAUGGCUCUUGCCGCUCCUGGAAAACUGUUCUUUGACCCAUUUGUCGGGACUGGAAGCUUUAUCGUCUGCGCUUCACAUUUUGGGGCUUUGAGUCUGGGGGCUGAUAUCGACGGCCGCAGUUUCCGCGGCAAAGAGGCUGGGAAGCUGGGCGUGUAUGAGAACUACAAGCAAUACGAGAUGCCCAGCAAAUUUGUGGAUUGUUUCACUUCGGAUUUGACAAACACUCCACUGCGGCGUCCUCAGUUCCUCGAUGGCAUUGUGUGUGACCCGCCCUAUGGUAUCCGAGAGGGUCUUCGAGUUUUGGGAAAUCGCCACGGAAAACCCGGAGUGAAUGUGAUCAUUGAUGGUGUUCCUGCUCAUCUUCGACCUGGAUUUGUCCCUCCCAAAAAGCCUUACGGAUUUGAGGCUUUGCAGAAAGACAUCCUUAACUUUGCAGUUCGAAGCCUGGUGACAGACGGCCGUCUUGCAAUGUGGAUGCCAACCACCAAUGACGAGGCUGUUGAGUUCCCUGUUCCUAUGCAUGAGGACCUGGAGGUCGUCAGUGUCUCUGUUCAAUCAUUCAAUAACUGGGCUCGUCGACUUAUCACUUAUCGUCGUCUACCUGAGGGAGAAAAGUCCGAUAUUACCUUGGGCCGUAGCAAGACUGAUGACCAAGGACAUAGGGCGGAUGAUCUCAAUCUGUUCCGACGAACGUUUAUGAACAGAGGACAGGCCCUCAAAGCCGAGCAAGAAAAUGAAACGACGCAAAAAGACUCAUGA